AUGGCGAGCACAUCGAAUGUCAAGAAAUCAUCCACUCAACGUAGUUCGCAAAGUUCGAAUUACAAUGACCAUCAAUCACAACCACGUCAAAUUUUACCAAUGUCGCGGCAAUCGACUCAGAGCAGGGCGUAUUCACAAGCUCUUCAACCUCAAGUAAUUGUUCCGACACAAUAUGAUGAUAUUACGUCAAAUAACGUGCCUUCGUCAAAGGAUUUGACGUCGUCAAUGCAUUACCCUCAUAUUGAAUAUGGAAAUUAUCAAACAAGUUAUUUUGGGCCGGUUCACCCUUAUUCUACAUCCUUCAAUAAUUCACUACAUCAUUAUCACCAUAUGAGACCUUCACAAAUGGAUCAAACUUUAGCUUCAAUAUUUUGUUCUGAAUGUCUUAAUAAUAUGAGAAGUACUCCGGUUACCACGGAGACGAAUAUCUUACAAUCCAUUUGUAAACAAUGCAGAGACAAACUUGCGAAUCCUAAUAUUGUCGCUCUGAUUCAGCAAUCCGUUCGUGCUGUUUCUGGUAACAUGACUCAUCCCAUGACACAAUCAGUAUCAGUUUCUGCUAGGUCUCAUUCUUUGUCACACCAGAUUAAUCGGUCUUCUUUGUCAUUAGUGGUUCCAACUCAACAUUCCACUUCUUUAGACCAAUAUCCUAUGACAUCUCAUUCUACUGAUUCUCAAACUGAUUUAUCAACUGAUUAUCAGCAUAUCAGUUACAAUAAUGGUGUUGUGAAUGAUGUCUUCUUUUCUGACCCAAUGACUAAAGAUACCAUAGAACAACGUCUCCAUUUUGAUAGUGAUGCUUCUUCUGAUACGGACAUUUUAACCCCUAAUCCUCAUUAUUCGCCUAAUCUUUCUCCUAUCGAAAUGGACGGUGAUAGUUCAAUCUGGAAUCUUAUUUACGAAGAUGAAUUCGAUGAUCCAAAAGAAAAAGGUCUUCAAUCUCCUAUUAAUAUAUCUUCUACGGAUUCUGUUCUCUCUUCAUCUUUAUCUUUAGCUCCGGCAUCGUCUUCCGUUUCUGAUGUGGUUUCGUCUUCUGAUUUACAAUCACAAUCGACUAUUAUUUCAUCUGAUGAAACGAAUUCUUCUUCAAUUUCUAUGAAUACAAUUGAUCCUUCGCUGAUUUCCUCUUCUUCUACUUCGAAUAAUUUCUCAAUUGGUUAUGAUAUUGAUAAUAAUCACGCAAGUGGUAGUACUACCCCUUUGACUGGGACCAUCGAUCCAAAAUUCAUCACUGCUAUAGAUUCUUCAUCCUUCGUUCAAUCAAAUAAUCGUAAUAAUAAACCUACUCCCGUCAUAAUUAAUCCAAAUUAUAUUGAAUUUGGUGAUAAUAUACCGAGUCCUCCUCUUCAGACUCCAGAGUUAGUAAGCGACAAUAGUCUUAAACGAAGAAUGUCCUAUGUUUCAUCUUCAGAUGAUGAUUUAUCAGACUCGAUGUCUACCGAAAAGCAAGCGGAUAAAAAACUUCGUGUAGAUGCUCAAAAAGCUAUUAAAGUUAAUAACAAAAAACGUAAUUCUUCAAUUGUUGAAAAAGAUUGUGAAACCGAAGAAGACUUAAACUUGUCUUCUAAUGACAAUCUUCAAGGCAAUGAUGAUUAUCCGAUGUCCGAUGAUAUGAUGGUUGAUGAGGUCCACGAAGUUCCCGAUGCUAGCGAUGGCAUCGCUGACGAAUAUCAAGAUAGUACUGAUACUAUUUAUUCUGACGAUACUGACGAGGAUGAUGACGAAGAGUACCGCCCAUCUGUGAGCAAUAAAAAAGCUCGUACUGGUAGAAAGAGCUCAAAGUCCCAAUCAAAGACAAAAUUAUUGCCAUUAAAGUCUCUUCCUUUAGUAAAGAGUGUGGUGAAGCCUAAAUCAGCCCCUAGAUCAAAGAGCAAGUCAAAGAAUAUAAAGCAAACAUCAAGAUCUUCUUCAAAGAGAUCUAGCAAGGCUACUACACCUACCGCUUCGGUCGCUGAUAGUCCAGUUCCGACAACUAUCGUGUUACCAAUCGAGAAACCUCAAGAAUCAGAAGUUCUUGAGUUGACCUCUCCUCGUUCUACAAAGUCUCCUACCGUCUUUGAGACUUUAACCAAGUCUGGCAUUGAUUGGUGUAGAUACUGUGGUACUACCGAGGGUGUCAACUGGAGACCUGGUCCUUGGGGAAAGCGAACUUUGUGCAAUAAACAUGGUUGUGAUUAUAAAGGUUACGGAUUUGCGUGCAAACUACCACGAUUGGACUUGAAAGAUUUCAUCAACGAGACCAUUGAAGAACGUGAACGUCCAAAACAAGAUUCCUUCGUUAAUAAUGUUCUUGUUCGAUGUGAAGGCUGUCCUAAAGCAUUUCAUCAAAAAUGUUAUACGUCUUGCAUUGAUGAUGAAAUUGUAAAUGGUAAUGAAGCUUGGUAUUGUGAUAAAGGAUGCCAAGAAAACUUGCGAAGAAAACGAAUCGUUGUUGAACUUCCCCGUAAAAGAUUGCCUCUCAUGUCUACUCCGAAAGUCCAAGCGUCCGCGUCGGUCUCAGAUUCAACUUCUGCACUCAAUUCUGGUACCGCAUCACGUCCUCGAACUUCUCGUAACUCAACUAGAACAUAA